AUGAGAGUGGCUGCGGCCCCAGCAGCUCGUCCCAAAGAAGACAAUGACAGCACGCUUGUCAGAAGACAUCCUUUGGGUGUUCGCCCUCCUGGGAAUGCUUUGACAUCUACGUUCAAUCUGAAAGACUCAUGCGGAGGGUUUGCACGAUUACCGGACGAACUCAUUGCUCAGCUCUUAGAGAUCCUGGAAGCUGCAAGUCUGUUGAGGCUAGGGGCGACUUGUCGAGCGCUGCAUGCUUUCACAAGAAACGAGGAACUAUGGAGAACGCUGUUCGUUGAGUCUUCUCCUCAGAAUUUCUCUUGGCAAGGUACAUGGCGUUCUACCUACCUUUCCCAGCCUUCAAGCAAAGAGCCACGAGUUGACUGCUCGAACCUCUUUUCUGACGUGCUGCACCGUCCUUUCUUCUGCUCUCAUGUCGAUCUGCAUCCAUUCGCUGCCAACAUUCCCAAGGCCAAUGAAAUUCAACGACUCCCACAUCUUUCCUACGAUGCUUUCGAAGCAGAAUGGUACGGCCAACCGUUCAUCCUCACAGAGCCUGUCAAGCAAUGGCCUGUGUACAAAGCUUGGUCUACGGAGCGACUCUUGGAGAAAUACGCCGACGUGACAUUCCGAGCAGAGGCCGUGGACUGGCCGCUCAAGACGUAUGUCGAAUACAUGAACAACAGUCAAGACGAAAGUCCGCUUUAUCUGUUCGACCGCGCCUUCGCAGAGAAGAUGGAUCUCAGUGUAUCUACAAAUCCAGAUAAGGGUGCCGACUACUGGCCACCUCCCACAUAUGGACCUGACGCAUUCUCUGUCCUCGGCGACCAACGACCUGACCAUCGAUGGCUCAUCAUCGGCCCAGACAGAAGCGGCAGCACCUUUCACAAGGAUCCAAAUGCUACGAGCGCAUGGAAUGCAGUGUUGAAAGGGUCGAAAUACUGGAUCAUGUUCCCAUCCUCUCCCUCGAUUCCUCCACCUCCUGGCGUCUUCGUCUCGGAAGAUCAGAGCGAAGUCACGAGCCCGCUCAGCAUCCCCGAAUGGCUUCUAGGGUUCCACGCUGAGGCUCGCAAGACCGCAGGCUGCAAGGAAGGCAUUUGCUAUGAAGGCGAAGUCCUGUACGUGCCUUCCGGUUGGUAUCACCUGGUGUUGAAUCUCGAGGCUAGCAUCGCCAUCACACAGAACCUUGUCCCCAAAAGCCGAGUUGGUGCGGUACUUCACUUCCUUCGAGAUCAGAAGCAGAGUAUCAGCGGCUUUAGCGACGAGAUUGAAGAUCCGUACGGCUUGUUCGUCGACAGACUACGCGAGCAAGAUCCACAGUUGCUGGAAACAGGCCUAAAAGAGCUUGAGAGGCUCAGCAAGAUCGGCAGGGGAUGGGAAGAGCUCACCAAGGGUGCUGAAGAUGAUGAAGAAGCUGGAGGAUUCUCUUUUGGAUUUGGUGGUGACGACGAUGAUGAGGAAGUGCCCUGA